CCUUUAAAAGUAGUAUUCUUAUAGUACAUACAGUAUGUCCUGUUUGAAUAAUUCAAUCUUCAUAUCAUUUAACCAAGUUCCAGAUUUCACAGGCAAACAACCAUAUUGUUGUCUAUUGUUACUAAGUUCUCAUAUCUCCAGAACAAUAUUUUAAUAUGCUCAAUUUGUGCAUAUUUACAAUAUUUUUCCACUUUUAUUUCUUGCAUUGAACGCUACCCUACUUUUUAGGCGGUACUGCUGACCUGUUUGAGAAGCCACUUUCUUCCACUGUUUGUGUAGAUUACUGUAUCUACCUAGUUAUUAUCUUCAAAAACAUGUUUUUGAUAUUAAAUGCCAUAUAAAUUAUUUUUUGCUCUCCCAUCCUAAAUAGGCUUAAAAUAACCCUCUGCACUAUGGAGAACCAGACUUUAAGUAUAGACAUUCUACAGCUGGAGGGGUUAAAGGUCAGCCCCCAGUCUUCCAUUCCCGCCUUCAUCCUCCUCCUCCUCAUCUACAUCUUCAUCAUGGUGUCCAACAUCGGCCUGGUAGUCCUGAUCACCAUGGAGAGGAGCCUCCACCAGCCCAUGUAUCUGCUCUUCUGCAACAUGAGCAUUAAUGAUGUUUUUGGGGCCACGACCAUCAUUCCUCGCUUGCUGAGUGAUAUUUUUACGCCAGUCACAAAGCGCUACAUCCAUUAUUAUGAGUGUGUGAUUCAGGCCUUCUGUGCUCAUUUUCAUUUAGGCGUCUCUCACACUGUGCUCAUGAUCAUGGCCUUCGACCGCUACGUGGCCAUCUAGCCCCUGCGUUACGCCACCAUCAUGACCAGCUGCAGGGCAGUUAUUUUGAACCCGAUGGUGUGCGAUAACGCCUCCUUGUUCAAGCUGUCCUGUGAAAGUAUCCUCAUCAAUAACGCCUCCUUACGGCUGUCCUGUGCCUCCAUCGGCAGCGUCACUCUCACCUACCUGAAAACUGCUGCAGUGUGUGUGCUCAGUAAAAACAAGGUUCUGAACAGCCGUGCGCUGCGGACCUGUGCCACCCACCUGGCUGUGUACAUCAUCAUGUUUGUGUCUGGCUUCAUCCCUAUCAUCCUCCAUCGUUUCCAGGACUUUUCAGACGAAAGGAAGCUAGCAUCCAUCUUGUUCCAUGUGUUCCCUCCUACUAUGAACGCUGUUAUCUAUGGACUGCAAAUCAAAGCGGUCAGAGAAAAAAUAGUCAUCAUGUUUACUAGGAAUUCAAUGACUGUGACAGAGGUGAAAGAGGAGGUUUACGUCAGCAGAGGAUCCUCCCCCUGCAGUAUGGAGAACCAAACUUACAAUAUGGAUAUUCUACAGCUGGAGGGGUUAAAGGUCAGCUCCCAGUCCUCCAUUCCCGCCUUCAUCCUCCUCCUCCUCAUCUACAUCUUCAUCAUGGUGUCCAACAUCGGACUCGUAGUCCUGAUCUUCAUGGAGAGGAGCCUCCACCAGCCCAUGUAUCUGCUCUUCUGCAACAUGAGCAUUAAUGAUGUUUUUGGGGCCACAAUCAUCAUUCCUCGCUUGCUGAGUGAUAUUUUUACUCCAGUCACAGAGCGCUACAUCCAUUAUUAUGAGUGUGUGAUUCAAGCUUUUUGUGCUCAUUUUCAUGCAGGCGUCUCUCACACUGUGCUCAUAAUCAUGGCCUUCGACCGCUACGUAGCCAUUUGCAACCCCCUGCGUUACGCCACCAUCAUGACCAGCAGGAUGGUGGUGACACUGUCGGUGUCGGCCUGGGGGGCAGCUUUCUUUUUGAUUGUAAUCCUCGUGAGCCUCAGUGUCUGCUUAUCGCGCUGCAGGCGGGUUGUACUCAACCCAUUCUGCGACAACGCCUCCUUGUUCAAGCUGUCCUGUGAAAAUGUUCUCAUUAAUAACAUCUACGGCCUCGGAACCGCCAUGGUGACGAUGGCCUGCUCCCUGUGCAGCAUAAUGCUCACCUACCUGAAGAUCGCCAUAGUGUGUUUGAGUAGUAAGAACAAGGCUCUGAACAGAAAAGCGCUGCAGACCUGUGCCACCCACCUGGCUGUGUACAUCAUCCUCCUCUUAUCAGGCAACAUCAUCAUCCUCCUCCAUCGUUUCCAGGAAUUUUCAGACGAAAGGAAGCUAGCAUCCAUCUUGUUCCAUGUGGUCCCUCCUACUAUGAACGCUGUUAUCUAUGGACUGCAAAUCAAAGCGGUCAGAGAAAAAAUAGUCAUCCUGUUUACUAGGAAAAAAUGAUUGUGUGAGGUGAAAUGACAAAACUGAUUUAAAUGUAGAAGAAAUGGUAAUUAAAUACUAUGAUAGUACUGAAGUACUAGCGAAAUGUCCUGUUAAAAUAUAUAUACACACAUACAGUGGUGUGAAAAAGUAGAAAAAAGCCCCCUUCUUGAUUU